AUGCCGCCAGCCUGGCAGGGCUACAUCCCGGCGGACGUGCUCGAGCACGCCAAGAAGGUGCUGUCCAACAACGCCAACGGGCGCGUCAAGCUGCAGAAGGAGGUGGACAAGCUGCACUUCCGGCAGAAUUGGAAGAACUCCAACUACCCCAAGAAGCCCGUGCCCGGCGUCGGCGAGGACAUGUGGGCCGCGCUCAAGGACGACCUCGCCGAGCUAGUCAAGGACACGGACGCGGACAUGAAGGACGUGGACGACGACGACGACGCCAUGCACCACCGCGACCCGGAGUUCGACGCGCCGCUCAGCGACUUCGAGGCCGGCGGGCACCGCGACGAGUUCGACGGGCCGCACGACGGCGACGAGGAGGACACGGCCGGCCAGCCGUACUUCGUGGACUUCUGGGGCAACCGGGUGCCGCAGUACGACAACGGCUUCCACGGCCUGCCCGAGACGGUGGACGAGUCCCGCAAGGAGUACAACAACGACCCCAACGGCUGGAACCCCGAGUACACCAAGGGGCUCUGGAGCCACAACGACGAGCACCUGCAGGCUUACUCGGGCUACGUGAACGCCCCUCAGCCCCAGGGCGCGCAGCCCGCGCAGAACCAGAUGCGGCCCGUGUACGACCCCGGCCUGGGCCUGGAGGCCAACAUCAACAAGUACGUGGCGGACAACGGCACCUGGGUGGGCCCCGAGCCCGACCCCGUGGAGGACGACCUGCAGGGCCUCAUGGCGGACGCCGUGUCGCACGAGCCCACCCUGCAGAACCCCAGCGACUACCACCCCACCUACGAGGACGUCGUGCGCUACCUCAACAGCAGGUACGCUGCUCAAUACCAGCGACCUCGACCAAGGCCACGCUCUCGUCCGCGGCCUCGACCACACAACACGGUGCGGAUGUCCGCGGGCAGCGCCACCACCACGCCGCGCAGCGUGUGCAAGGGCAUCAAGGACGUGGGGCUGGCGGCGGACGGCCAGCAGAUGCAGCACGUGCAGGGCGUCGUCUGCGCCAGCAGCUUCGACCACUCCGAGGAGGAGGGCGUCGCCGUGGCCGAGGCCGAGGGCGAUCCCGAGUGA